CAUUACCUCUCGCAUAUUUACCGCGGCAUCCUAAAUCCUUACGGUCAAUCGGCGGGACGAACGCGUCGCUAGCUAACCAAAAUUUGUCGCGCCGCGGGUUUGCGCGUGGAUUUUCGUCGGGCACUUUCCUAUCGCCGCGAGGGCGCCUAUUUCUCGCCCUCCCAUACCCGCCCGGAUUUUCGCGUUCGUUAAUAAAAGGUGACGUAAAUGUCGCGCCCGAUCCGAAAGCGGUCCGGCAACGUCGCGCGAGCAGUUGAUGUCUACCGGAAAUUCGGAGGUGCGGGAAUUUUCGCCCGUUCUUCGAGCGAAGAGCGUUUUCGUAGGCAACGGGCGCCGAAGUAGUUGUCGCAUCGCGUCGAAAUUACGCAGAUCGGGAACGCGGAAAAGGUAAAAGAACGUUAAGUAGUGCCCGACCGGGGUGGUAUUUCGUCGCCAUCCGUUACGCUUCGGACGCGGGAGCCGUUUUAGGUUAGGUGAAGCAUUUCGACCAAGUCGUAACGAGCUUCGCGCGUAACGGGCGGUAAAAAAGCCUCCAGCGCGUCAACGCCGCGUAAACAUUCAAAGGAAAACGAAAAAAACAACAAUAAUAAUAAAAAGGAGAACUGGCAAAUGCGCGCGCGCGCGCAACUCUCGGACAACCCUGUGGUGCCGUGCGUGUCGCAAACUGCGGAAAACCAAAGCCGUGUUUGUCUCGCACCCGGUAAGACGUUUCUUCCACGAAAAGUGCCCAGCGGACUGAGUUUCGUCGACACAGCGAACCCAAUCAGAAGGCGGCGAUGAGCGGCCCGCCGGCCAUGAACCGCGACCGCAUCUUGGAGGCGAUCGACCAGCUGCGUCAUCGGAAAGCCCGACCGGACAUUCAGCGUAUAUGCGGGUACCUGUUCCGGCGGUACCACACCAAUUCGAACGAGGCCAAGGCCGAUCUGGAUUGGUGCGUCGCCAACAACGUCGUUCUCCGCGUCGAGUACAAGGGCAGCAUCAGUUAUCGUAACGCUGCGAAAAAGUACGCGCAAAUGAAGCAGCGGUCGUCGGCGGCGGCGCCGCCCGCGCACCCGGCGCCGCCCCCGCCGACGCAGAACACCGUCAGCAAAAAUUUUAUGGAACUGCUGACUAACGUGUUUGGUGAGCUCGUCGUCGACGAGCCCGACUACCUGGAGCUCGGCGUGCCGCCCAAGGAGAUCGUCGACAACAUCCUUUCCAAGGACAGCGUCAGGUACACGAGGAACUACGUCGCCAUCUUGCUCCUGAAAGAGGUGGACCGCGGCAACUUGAUCAAACUGCCGAACGGCAAUUACCUGCUCGGUCCGCACGGUGAUGAAAAGAAAUGCGAGCGCAAACAGAAAUCGCCGGCGGCCGCCCCCGCGAUCGAGGAUGCCAAACCGGCGAAAAAACAACGGACGGUUUCCAAGGCGACGUCGGACGCGGGCAGCGACCGAACCGACAACGCUGGCGCCGACUUGUCCGAAGCGGACGAAAGAAAAUCAUCGGACGGCGGAAACGUCCGAUCGGGAGGUCGCAGAAAGAAAGCGAAGAAGGUGUUCGACCCGUCGGAUACCCACGUGCCGAAGAAACGGGGCCGGCCGGCCGGUUCCCUGAACAAGUCGACCAUCGAGAGGCAAAUGGCGAGGAAUCACAGCGACGAUUCCCGUCCAGAUUCCCGAACGUCGACCGGUAGCAAGGAUCAGCACGGCGUGUGCUCGGUGUGCCACGUGCAGAGCAAACGAGGUCCCAACGAUCGCAUGGUCGCGUGCCGAGAGUGUAGCAACAAAGCCCACUUCAGUUGCUUGAACGGCGACGACAUGAUGCUCAAAAUGUAUCCAGAUAACACAUGGCAGUGUCCCCAUUGUAAGACCUGCGUGGUGUGCUUCGAGACGUCCGACGCCGGCACGUUGACGGUGUGUUCCGUGUGCGCGGACGCUUACCACGCGGGCUGCCACCAGCCUCGCAUCGGCGACAAGGCCGGCAAAGGCCACAAGUGGCUCUGCGUCAACUGUCAGCGUCCGGACGAGUUGAAAAUCAACGCGAUCCAGUCGAGCAUCGGCGACGCGGCCUUCGACGCCGUCAAACUCGCGUCCCGCUCGAAUUCGCCGCCGUCGUCGUCGGACGAACGGAGCCCCGCCCCCAGUCCGACCCCGCCUCCCCGUCUCAGUCCGCAGACGAAUUUGCCCGACUACAGUCCCGUCCGAUCGGACGACAGCAACAAUUCCGAUUGGGACGUGGACGUGGACCCGUCGAUACCGGACGCGACGCACUGGACGCCCGCCGAGGUGUCCCGUUACUUCGCCAAGUAUUUCCCGGACGAGGCGAGGAUUUUCCAGGAGCAAGAGAUCGACGGCCGGUCGCUGCUCCUGCUGAAACGGAUGGACGUGCUGACGAACCUGAACCUGCAACUGGGGCCCGCGUUGAAGAUCUACCGGCGGGUGACGAUGCUGCAGGUGCGCCGGGACGACCCCAGCCUCUACCUGCUCUGACUCGACCGGGACGUUUGCUUUAUGUAAAUAGCGGUGAAAUUUUCCAGAUAUAAAUAUAUAUACACUUACGUUUGUU